AUGACAACUACCUUCACCUACAACGCGGCGCCUAAGACAGUUACGAAUGCUCAGUUGUACAGAGAUGAAGAUCAGCCCAGAACGUUCUGGCAUAUCUCUGUUGAUCCGCGUGUUGCGAGAGGCUCAGUCUAUUCACAUCAUAAACCACAAACCGAUCAAGUUAAACCAAUUAAAUACAAACCAAAACCAAUUCCACCACCAAAAGAACGCGAAGAAGAUGUUCAUCCCGAGGAAGAAGAGGUUUCUCAAAUAAAUCAAGAACCAAUUCUUUCUGAGAUUGAAAGACCUAUUGAAGAUGAUGUAGCUACAGCCGCAGAAACAUACAUCGAAAGACCAGCUACUCCUCAAGAAGUUAAAGACGAACCUGGAAUAGAUGUCGAAACUCAAACAAAUGCAGCAGAACUUUUCGAUUUUGAUACUGAAGUUAAACCAAGAACAAUCAUUUUAGUACAAAAUAUCCUCGACAGAGCUCUUAGAGAAGUCCAAGAGGAAGAAGAACUUAAAAAUCUUCGCCAGCAUCGUGAUAAUUAUGAAGUUGGCCGCAAUAUUACUCUUGCUAAUCUUCAAAAGCGUGAAGCAGCAACAAAAAGAACCCACGACGAAUCAAAGCGUCGCGAGGAACAAAGAGAACGGCAUUACCAAGAAAAGAACGAAAAGAACAAAGAUAUUUCUACACGCGGAUUUGCAGAAUCAUACGCAGAAGAAAUUGUUAAGAAAGUCUUCGAUUCUCUUACUUAUUAUGAUGAAGUUGAAGAAGAAGUUAGAACACAAUUCUUACCAUGGCUCUCAAGCGAAGUUGCACUUGCUAUUACUCAGAAGGAUUUCCUAUUAGAACUUCAGGAAUCAGCUCAGUCAAAAGCUUCAGAAAUCGUCAAGGAAAAACAAACUCAGACAAGGAAAGAAAGGAUCCAAAAGAAACAGGAGGAUGCAAAGAUGUCAUACUUCUUGUUGAGAGAAACUCUCAUCGAAGAUCGUGCAGCCGUUAAUAUCCGCAAUGCACUCCAGAAGGCAGCAGAACGCGAGGCGGCUAAAAAGAAGGAAGAAGAACCAAAAGAAGAUGAAGAACAUGUUAGCGAAUCCGAAUCAAAUUAA